AUGCGGCUUAUGUUUUAUUUUAUACUUAAUUGGUAUAUAGGAACGAAGUACUCAAAAGAAAUUGAGCUACAACAAUGUACAACAUUGAACUUAAACAUCAAAGCCAGUGUGGAACUAAUUGAGGAAAGAGCGUAUCCAUUAUGGACUAACGACUAUGAAACAUAUGGUGCUGCGUUGUAUCACUGUUUUUCGAGAUGCGAAAAAGACGAGCGGUGCGUUGGGAUAGAGCUUUGUAGAAUACGACCUGGCAAUUCUCGAUGCAGAGGAUGCUGUGAAUGGUUUGUUAAUCCCCACGAAGGAGUGCCGGCUUUGAAAACAUCCGAAGUAUGCAGAUAUAUUGAGCUGGACAACAAAAAUUAUAUUGCCGAAAAUGGAUCUAAUGUGGCAUUGCACGCAUCCACUACAGCGAGCUCCAUAUAUAUGUUGUCUUCACCUUUGUCAUCCUCUAAAGCUGUAGAUGGUGUAACCAGUUGUCCGGACCCGACGUAUAUUUUCAGUUCGACAUUUGAAGCUGAUCCAUGGCUGGAGAUAAAUCUUCAAAGAGUUAUAACGAUAUGGAGAAUAAUCGUUCACACAAGACAGGACUGUUGUGCGGACCGUUCGGUAAAUUUUUAUAUCACGUACGGUGGUAACGGCCAGACCAACAGCUGUGGGUUUUUUCCUGGUCCGUUGCCAAACACUGGAGACGUUUUGCUGUUUCAAUGUCCACCGAACGCUAGGGGGAGUUCUGUAAAAUUAAUGAUCCAUUCCAAACCAGGAGAGAUAAAUAUUUUAAGUCUCUGUGAAUUUGAAAUUCUUCAGAAAGUGUAA